UGGUGGAUCAGCUGUUUUCAUUUUUCGAAAAUUGGGGAUUAUUUUCGUGAAAAACGUAUUGUAAUGGUACAAUAGCCAUGUGUGAAUUAAAAUGGGUUCAAUCGCAUCUGUGCUACAAUGGCACUGUCAGGUGUGUGGUCAAAUCAACCCAACGGAGAGUGUAAAGUGCUUAAAAUGCGAAACGAAAAGAAUUUCGAGUCAUGACGGCGGAUCCUCCAGGGAAAACUGUAGAGAUUCAUCGUCUGAAUACACGUCGCGUACGGGAAGAAGCGAGGGCACCACGCCAGGGUCGGAAGCCAUCGUCAUACCGACAGAAAACUCAUUCUAUAGUGGAUGGUCGUGCGUGGGGUCUGCACCGGAGGCGUCAAGAGCGUGGCGCUGUGGGUGCGGACUACGCAACGUAUCAGCCGCCUGGCGCUGUGCAGCUUGUGACACUCUCGCUCCCCACGCACCUGUAUACAGGCUCUCUGAUGACGAGGAACCAGGAGGUCCAGGGAUGACAGACAAGAAUAAAUCAGGUGAAGACAACACUAUGAUAAGGUCCAACACCCUGGCUGUACCAGCAUACAGACCCACUUCGAGUCACCCCGACAGCCGCAGACUCAACCUCGACCUCCAGUCCCUCAGGUUAUCACCAACACAGCUAACAGACCAAGCUCAUGGCGUCUCCAGAUCCCUUUCCCACGGCUCUGUGAUAAACUCUCAUAAAUGGUGGAACUUGGAUGAGAACAGGAGUACCAUCAAUCGGCCGACAAGCUUAAUGCUCUCAGAAAGAUAUUCGAAUACUGCCCAACACUACCCUAGAGAGUCGUUUUUAAGGAGCCUCCAUACUGUUACGAGAAAACCUAAAAAAUGCAAUGAGACGAAAUCGAAUUGGGAAUUGAAUUACGUGAAGGAAUAUCAAAGGGAGCAGAGCAGGGGCUUGCAUUUAAAGAAGUGGUCUUGCAGCAAGUGUACUCUUGAGAAUUCUGGAAUAAGAACGCAUUGUGAAGCUUGCAUGUCUCCGAGAGUAUACGCACAAGCAAGAAUUCCUAAUUCCCGAGGCUUGAGCGUGACCACCUUAGGUCGCCACGAAACCUUGGGCAGGGAAGGAGCCACAUCGCUUCCGUCGUCAGGUGGAGUUAUGAUAACAGUUCCCGAUUGGCCGCAAACAGAAACCUCUGCGUUAGGCUCGUCGCUGCGUCGUUCGAUCAGCGCCCAGAAUUCACCAGAAAUCCGGCCCACGUACCGGCGGUCCUUCUCCGAACAAACGAACGCAGAACGACCCACAGGCAAAGUCAUAUCGAGCAGAAGAAGCUUCAACGAUUACCACAAGUCGCUGGCGAAUUACUGCGGCAGUCUCGGCAAGACUGAGAACAGGAACGAAUUGGCCGAGUCCAGAAUCGAAGAGGACAAUCUGGAGCUGAUCGACAAGGAAGUCAGCUGGGAUACGAACGCUGAAGGCGUUAUUUACGCAUUACCGAACAAAGGUAAAUACAAAGACCUGAAUCUUCAGCUGCAGGUCAACAACAACGGGACCAGGUACUCGUACGUUUCCGUUCAGGAUACAAGAAACGUGAUGAGCAACUCGCAGAACGAGGCUCUCUACUCUAACGACAUAGGAGACGGAGAUUACGCGAGGAUUGAUGAGCUCUUGGGCGCCGAGAAUUGCAUAUCGCCCGAUACGGCCAGUAACAUCAGGACCUCGCAUAUCUGCGGGGCUGGGAAGGAGCGUCCCGGGAGCCCUAAGUUUAACAUGCUGCCCUCUGUGGGGAAAGUCUCUCAUAACCCUCGGGAGGUCAACAAAGAGACACAGCAGACCAAUCGAGAGAGUCGGCUGUGGCAAUGCGGCGAGUGUUGGUUCGCUUACAACUCGUGGUCGUCUCGAGCCUGCGACGUGUGCCGGAGCCCUAGGCCUCCACACGCCUCUGUUACAUUACACGCACAUUCCUCUAAUAAUCCGUCGCGGUCGUUGAACCCCUCCGACCCCAGCACUAGCGGCACAGCUGCAGAAGCAAGUCACUCGGAUGUACCUAAGAAGCUGACGGUGCCGAUAGCGUCCCUGGACCACGACCUCAACAGUGACGAGCUGCUGUUCGCUGUCGAGUCGGCGGGUGUCAGCGGCGGCGGGGGGCAGGGCGGGGCGUGGCCGUGCGGGCGCUGCACGCUACUUAACGAGUCCCAUGCCGCCGCGUGCGCCGCCUGCGCUGCCAGCAGGCCGCCGCCCGCAGACUGCUGGUCUUGCAGCUCGUGCACCCUCCGCAACCCGGCGUCCGCCGCGCUGUGCCUUGCCUGCAAGACGCCGCCCGUACCCAGGCACGCAACGACCUCGGCUGAUGUCCACGGGCCCGUUGGUCGAAGUCCAUCUCCGCGACGGAACAAGCCCACGCCGGCGCUGCCCAGGCGGGGGUCAAGGCACAAAACGCCACCACCGGAGCCCAAGGCGGAGUGCUCGGAGUGGUCGUGUACGGAGUGCACGUACAUGAACGCGAGCGCGGCCGCGUGCUGCGACAUGUGCACCAGCCCCCGCCUGCCACCCCCCGACCGCGCGCCCCCCGAGGACCCGCUCUCGCCUGAGGGCGCGGAGGGUGCGUGGCAGGGCGGCGAGGGAGGGGAGGUGGAGCUGCUGCAGGACGACGGGGACGCGUGGGCGCAGUGGCAGGACGUGCUCGCGCAGUGCGCCGCGACGGGGGAGCCGUACGUGGACCCCAUGUUCCCCGCGAGCCCGCGCUCGCUUUACUACGCGGGGUCCUGCGGGAGCGGCACCAGGUGGCUGCGGCCCCGGCAGCUACACGUGGACGCCGACCCCCGCCUGCCCUGGGCGGUGUUCCGGGACCCGCGCCCCUCCGACAUCUCGCAAGGCGUGCUGGGAAACUGCUGGCUGCUGUCGGCCCUGGCGGUGCUGGCGGAGAGGUCGUCGCUGGUCCGGGGGGUGCUGCUGCGCGCGGAGCCCAGCAUCGGCGCCUACCAGCUGCGGCUCUGCAAGGACGGCCGCUGGAGGACCCUCACCCUGGACGACUUGUUGCCGGCCAACAAAAAGGGACACCUCGUCUAUUCGCAGGCGAAAAGGAAACAGCUGUGGGUGCCGCUGAUAGAGAAGGCGGUGGCCAAGCUGCACGGGUGCUACGAGGCGCUGGUCUCCGGGAGGGCCAUCGAAGGUCUGUGCACGCUGACGGGCGCGGCGUGCGAGUCCGUGUCGCUGCAGGCCGGCGCCGCGCCCCUCGAGCAGCUGGACCGGGACCUGGUGUGGGCGCAGCUGCUGUCCUCGCGCCAGGCCUGCUUCCUCAUGGGCGCCAGCUGCGGCGGCGGCAACAUGAAGGUGGACGAGGAAGAGUACCAGCGGCUAGGGCUUCGCCCCCGGCACGCGUACUCCGUGCUGGACGUGGUGGAGGCCGGCGGGGCCCGGCUGCUGCGGCUGCGCAACCCCUGGGGGCACUACACGUGGCGCGGCGCCUGCCCCCCGCCGCCGCCGCCCCCGCACCCCGCGCCGCCCCCGCACCACGACCGAGACCACGGCGUCUUCUGGAUCAGCUUCGACGACGUGCUCAAAUACUUCGACUGCAUCGACAUCUGCAAGGUCCGCUCCGGGUGGCACGAGGUCCGCCUGGCCGGGAUCCUGCCCCCCAUGUCCUCCACGCGCCACCUCACGUGCCUGCUGCUGACCGCGGAUCAGCCCACCGAGCUCGACCUCACGCUGUUCCAGGAAGGCCAGAGGAACUCUGCAAAAAGCCAGCGGUCUCAGCUGGACCUGUGCGUGGUGGUGUUCCGCACCAGGUCGGGCCCCACCGCGCAGGUCGGGAAGCUGGUCGCGCACAGCAAGCGGCAGGUGCGUGGCUUCGUGGGAUGCCACAAGAUGCUGGAGAAGGGCUGGUACCUGGUGGUGUGCCUCGCCUUCAACCACUGGCACACGGGGCUGGAGGCGGCGGGCGGCGCCGACUGGCCGCGCCACGUGCUCGCCGCGCACGCCUCCAAGCCGCUGCGGCUGCGGCGCCCCCGGCCUCCGCCCCACCUGCUCGCCGACGCCAUCAUCGGCCUCACGCUGGCGCGCGGGCAGCGCCACGAGGGCCGCCAGGGCAUGACCGCGUACUAUCUCACCAAGGGCUGGGCCGGGCUGGUGGUGAUGGUGGAGAACAGGCACGCGGACAAGUGGAUCCACGUGAAGUGCGACUGCCAGGAGAGCUACAACGUGGUGUCCACGCGCGGGGAGCUCAAGACCAUCGACUCGGUGCCGCCGCUGCACAGACAAGUGAUCAUAGUGCUCACGCAGCUGGAAGGCAGCGGCGGCUUCUCCAUAGCGCACCGGCUGACGCACCGCCUGGCCGCGGGGGGCAGGCUGUCCGAGUGGGCCUCUGCCCCCCACCGGCCCCCGCUGGCGCCCCCGCUGCGGGGACUCCACGCUCCCAGGCUCAUCGGGUAACCGCUCGAGGAACAAUAGUUAUCGGUUCCAAAGGAUACCGGCGACGACCCUGCAGUCUUCAAUUGGUUCUAGACCCAUUCGCGUUCUCCACAUUUACCUGAACUCAC